AAAAGGACAAAAGCAGAAUUGAGUAACCAUUUCCCUCUCUAUCUCUUUCUCGUGCGAUUCUCCUCCGUCACAUUCACAAACAGGUUCGCACGACUCCUUCUGCUUCGCAAUUCCUCGUCGUCGUUUACGCGGCUUCUAACAGAUUCAAAUUUCAGAUAUUCUCAUAAAUGGAUCAAAAUCAGAAACGGGAGCACGAAUGGUCGAUUAACGACUUCGAGAUCGGAAAGCCACUCGGUAGAGGCAAAUUCGGCAGAGUCUAUGUUGCCAGAGAAGUCAAGAGUAAAUAUGUGAUUGCAUUGAAGGUCAUCUUUAAGGAACAACUAGAAAAGUAUAACAUUCUUCAUCAACUGAGGAGGGAAAUGGAGAUACAGAUCAGUCUUAAACAUCCAAACAUCUUGCGUCUAUACGGUUGGUUUCAUGAUGCCGAGCGUGUUUACUUGAUUCUUGAAUAUGCUCAUAAUGGUGAACUAUACAAGGAGCUUCGCAAAAAAGGUCAUUUCUCUGAGAAACAAGCUGCAACGUACAUUUUAAGCCUCACAAAGGCAUUGGCAUAUUGUCACGAGAAGCAUGUUAUUCACAGAGAUAUCAAGCCUGAAAAUCUGUUGCUUGACCAUGAGGGUCGUCUUAAGAUUGCAGACUUUGGUUGGUCUGUACAAUCUGUAAAAAAAAGAAAGACAAUGUGUGGAACAUUGGAUUAUUUAGCUCCUGAAAUGGUAGAAAACAAAGGUCAUGAUUAUGCAGUUGAUAACUGGACUCUGGGUAUUCUUUGUUAUGAGUUCCUCUAUGGUGUUCCUCCAUUUGAGGCUGAGAGUCAAGAAGAUACCUUCAAAAGGAUAAGAGAUGUUGAUCUGAACUUCCCUCCUACCCCUCAUGUUUCUAAGAAUGCCAAAAAUCUGAUAAGUCGGCUACUGGUAAAAGAUUCUUCAAAAAGGCUCCCACUUCAGAAGAUAAUGGAGCAUCCUUGGAUAAAAGAGAAUGCAAACCAUACGGGUGUCUGCGAGUAGAACCAACCCUUGUUACGACGACUUUUUACAUGUGGUGUCCAAUUCAUAUGAUAGCCAGACUCUUGAUUUUGGUUUACAGCAAAACAUGUCACGUUAAUUCACAAUCUCACUACUAUAAAUACUUUUAGAAUGUAUGUAAAUCAAGGUAAGAUUUGCCCCUCUAUUAUUCCAAUUUCAAAUGGUCACUAUGUUUGCUCAUUUUGAACCACAAAUGAGAAGUAUAGAUCCAAAUUAUUUCAGCACCUGUGACUUCUUUUCUAAUGUGGAAACCAAACUUGAUCGAAUCAUAUCAGACCAGACUUUGCUCAAACCAAAUCUUUCCAAACUUUAGAUCCGUGCCAGACCAAAAGUCAUGAAUAUGAUUUGGUUUGGUUGUUAGGAUUUAGGUAUUGGCCUGGUAAAUGUGGUUUUUUAGAUUCCGCACCUCAUGUGUGUUUGGUUGCUCAAGAGUUUGAUUGACUUAGCAUUAGAGUUACGUUAGUUUGUGGAUGGGGAAUGUCCCAAAACUCUUUUAACUUUAUGUUUGUAUUUUUAUUUUUCUAAAUGACAGAUGUUAAUUAGUUGUUGAAUUAAUAUUUAUUGAUUUGUCCGAGUUUGAAUUUGGA